AUGGACAUGCGUGUUCUGCUGCUGCCCCUGCUUGGGCCCAUCUGCUCUGAUGGCAAGAUGCCCACUGGCAAGCUGGCCCAUUCUACUUCAGCAGAGCGGCCAGCCUUCCAAGGAAAACUCCAGAGUGGGCAACAGGCUAUAAAAGCUGAAGACACUCACCGUUCGCGCCGACCGCCCCCCCGCUCCCCCGCAGGGCGCCCACACCCGCCCGGCCCGCCUCCCCGGCACCGCAGUGCAUUGCAACACGCGCAGACGCCGCCGGCGGGAGAGGAUCCCACCACGGAUUUCCCGGUCAACAGUAGCCCCCCAGACCUCUCCCCACCGGCAGCGGCGGCGGCGGCGGCGGCGGCGGCUGCGGCGCGGCCCGGCCUCGGUGGGAGGCCGAGAUUUACCUGCGCGGCCCCGCGCCCCCGGGCCGGCCAUCCUGCCGCAGCCGCUCCCGCCUCCCCGCGGGCCCGAGGCGCCGCCCGCCGCCGCCCGGGGAGGCGCCGCGCCGCAGUCCCGGCUGCGGCGCCCGGCACAUGUUUCGCGCUCCCGGCGGCCGGCGCCCGCGCACAGAACAUCUUUGCAGAGGAGGAGGAUGAGAAGGCAACUAGUACUGUCACUUCAGAGACACAGAAGCACAGGGCAGAUAACAUGACUUAUCCAGGUUCAACUUGGGUAGGAACACCUUUUUCACAAAUGGCCAGAGCAACCUUCAGUCUUGUAUCCAUCUUCAUUUAUCUAAAGCUUGUGUGGAUCCAGAAGGUUUAUUUCCUUUUUGACCCGAAAGCAGAUAGGUAAG